AUGUCCCGGAAGGCGCCGCGGGCGGAGGUGUGCGCCGACUGCAGCGCCCCAGACCCUGGCUGGGCCUCCAUCAACCGCGGGGUGCUCAUCUGCGACGAGUGCUGCAGCGUGCACCGCAGCCUGGGUCGCCACAUCUCCAUCGUCAAGCACCUGCGCCACAGCCCCUGGCCUGCCACCCUGCUCCAGAUGGUGCACACCUUGGCCAGCAACGGGGCCAACUCCAUCUGGGAGCACUCGCUGCUGGAUCCGGCCCAGGUGCAGAGCGGGCGCCGGAAGGCAAACCCCCAGGACAAAGUGCACCCCACCAAGUCAGAGUUCAUCCGCGCCAAGUACCAGAUGCUGGCCUUCGUCCACAAGCUGCCCUGCCGGGAUGACGAUGGUGUCACUGCCAAGGACCUCAGCAAGCAAUUGCACUCGAGCGUGCGGACGGGCAACCUGGAGACCUGCCUGCGCCUGCUCUCGCUGGGCGCCCAGGCCAACUUCUUCCACCCGGAGAAGGGCACCACGCCACUGCACGUGGCCGCCAAGGCCGGGCAGAUCUUGCAGGCAGAGCUGCUGGUGGUCUACGGUGCCGACCCCGGGGCACCCGACGUGAACGGCCGGACCCCCAUCGACUACGCCAGGCAGGCAGCCCAGCAUGAGCUGGCGGAGCGGCUGGUGGAGUGCCAGUACGAGCUGACCGACCGGCUGGCCUUUUACCUCUGCGGCAGGAAGCCGGACCACAAGAACGGGCACUACAUCAUCCCGCAGAUGGCCGACAGGGUGCGCCCAAAGUGCAUGGCACAGAGCCUGGACCUCUCCGAGCUGGCCAAGGCAGCCAAGAAGAAGCUGCAGGCGCUCAGCAACCGCCUCUUCGAGGAGUUGGCCAUGGACGUCUACGACGAGGUGGACCGCCGGGAGAACGACGCGGUCUGGCUGACGACGCAGAACCACAGCACGCUGGUGACGGAGCGCAGCGCCGUUCCCUUCCUCCCUGUCAACCCCGAGUACUCGGCCACGCGCAACCAGGGCCGGCAGAAGCUGGCCAGGUUCAAUGCCAGGGAGUUUGCCACCUUGCUCAUCGACAUCCUUGGGGAAGCCAAGCGCCGUCAGCAAGGGAAGAGUCUGCUGAGCCCCACAGACGCCCUUGACUACUCGCUGCGGAGCCAGAGCGACCUGGACGACCAGCACGACUACGACAGCGUCGCCUCCGACGAGGAUACGGACCAGGAGCUGCUGCGCAACGCCUCCCGCAACAACCGUGCCAGGAGCAUGGACUCCUCCGACCUCUCCGACGGCCCCAUCACGCUGCAGGAGUACCUGGAGGUGAAGAAGGCUCUGGCCGCCUCCGAGGCCAAGGUGCAGCAGCUGAUGAAGGUGAACAACAGCCUGAGCGACGAGCUGCGCCGGCUGCAGCGCGAGAUCCACAAGCUGCAGGCAGAGAACACGCAGAUCCGGCAGCAGACGGGCCCUGCGCACCCAACCCCGGCCCCCAGCGAGCGGCCGGAGCAUGGGCACCCCCCCAGCACGGCCCCCCAGCACCGCCGGGACCGCCAGGCCUUCUCCAUGUACGAGCCGGGCUCGGCGCUGAAACCCUUCGGGCAGCCGGUGGAAGAGCUGGUGACGCGGCUGCAGCCCUUCGGUGCCGGUGAGGUGGAGGACGAGGCUCUGUACUCCAUGCACAUCCCGGCCAGCGUGUACCGGAUCCGGAAAGGUCCGUCUGCUUCCUCGGUGCCCUUUCCCCCGUCCUCCCCGCUGCUCUCCUGCCCGCCCGAUGGUGCCCGGCACAUGAGCAAGCUGGACCGGCACGGCAGCGGCACCGACAGCGACUAUGACAACACGCAGGCGGGUGAGGUCCUGAUCAGCAUGGAGGGGAAGCGGUUCGUGGAGCUGAGCAAGGAUGAGGACUUCCCCCAUGAGCUGGACCCGCUGGACGGGGAGCUGGACCCCGGGCUGCCCAGCACGGAGGACGUCAUCCUCAAAACUGAGCAGGUCACCAAGAACAUCCAGGAGCUGUUGCGGGCGGCGCAGGAGUCCAAGCACGACAGCUUCGUGCCCUGCUCGGAGAAGAUCCAUGCGGCUGUGACGGAGAUGGCAUCGCUCUUCCCCAAGAAGCCGGCGCUGGAGACGGUGCGGAGCUCCCUGCGGCUACUCAAUGCCAGUGCCUACCGGCUGCAGAGCGAGUGCCGCAAGACCGUGCCGCCCGAGCCGGGCGCUGCCGUGGACUACCAGCUCCUGACCCAGCAGGUCAUCCAGUGUGCCUACGACAUCGCCAAGGCCGCCAAGCAGCUGGUCACCAUCACCACCCGCGAGAAGAAGCAGUGAGCACC